AUGUAUCCACUAUCGCUGCUCCUGCUGGGAUGGACUUCUUCGGUCUCGGCCAAAAGCCUCAAAUCCCCGACGCCACCAAUGGGAUGGAAUACCUACAAUGCGUACAAUUGCAAUCCAUCCGAACAGAAGGUUCAAUUGAAUGCGCAAGGCCUUGUUGAUCUUGGACUAAACAAGCUUGGAUACAAUAUUGUCACGCCCGACUGUGGCUGGAAUGCCAACUCGAGGGACAGCAGCAACAAGCUGCAGUGGAAUACGACUUUGUUUCCGUCGGGCGGAAAAGCACUUGGCGAUUACUUGCAUGGAUUAGGCUUGAAAUUCGGCUUGUACUCAGGCGCUGGAUACCUACAGUGCGGCUCAACGGUGAUUCCGGGUUCCCUGGGAUAUGAAGACAUAGACGCUCAGUCUUUCAGCUCAUGGGGUGGCGAUUCAUUGAAAUAUGACAAUUGCUAUGCAACAUCCAAAACCACGAUGGUAGACUCCGACUCGGCAGAAGCGAAGUCCCCUGCGCGCUUCCAGAAAAUGGCGACAAGUCUGGAAAGCGUUGAUCGAUCCUUUCAGUACUUUAUCUGCCAGUGGGGAAUCGGAGAGAACGUAGGAGAGUGGGCAUCGAAGAUUGGCAACACAUGGAGAAUGAGCAACGACAUAUACAACGCGUGGCGAAGUAUCUGGCGCAUAACAAACCAGGUGGUGCCGUAUUGGAGAAACACCAGGCCCGGCGCAUUCCCGGAUAUGGACAUGCUGCUUGUUGGAUUGAAUGUUCUAUCCGCCGAAGAAGAACGCUUCCACUUCGGGAUGUGGGCGAUCAACAAGUCGCCUCUAAUGCUCGGCGGAAUCCUUGACAGCAAGCUCUCCAAAACAUCGCUUGCCAUUAUGUCAAACAAAGAGGUCAUCGCCAUCAACCAGGACUCUCUUGCCAAACAGGCUCAGCUCGUGCGCCGCUAUACUGUUGAAGAAUGGGACGUCUGGCUGGGCGAGCUUUCCGGGUCUCGGAAGGUAAUCGGCAUCGCGAAUUGGAGGAACCAGUCUCAAAUUGUCUCCGUCGACCUCACGAGUCUCGGUAUCUUAUCCGCGACAGUACGCGACGUGUGGGCUGCUAAAGAGGCGGGUAAACUCUCCGGCACACAGACGGUAAACCUUGCAGCACACGAGUUGAAGCUGUGGGUUCUCUCCAAUAUUACCACGGCGAACACACCAACUUCUACAUACUACCAAGCUGCGUCAGCCAGAUUAGCCGGCGGAUCUUCUGUCAGCACUUGUUCGUCUGGCGACUGUCUACCUGCGGGUAAGAAGGUCGGUAACAUCGCUUCCGGUGCUUCGGUUACGUUCGACUCAGUCUCGGCAAAGCGCACGAAAGCAGUGGUUGGCGUGGACUUCAUCAACUAUGACUAUGCUUUCACAACAGCUUGGGACUGGGGUUCUAACACCAGGAAUAUGACGAUUGCGGUCAACGGUGGCUCAGCAAAGCGAUGGGCGUUCCCGCUGUCUGGGGAGGACUGGUACGAAACCGGAAGGCUGAAUGUGGAGAUUGAUGGACUGAAGGUAGGCUCGGGGAAUUCAAUUGUAUUCGGCAACUUCGGUACGGCGUAUGCGCCCGAUCUUGUCGGUAUAGAGGUUUUCGGGUAG